GCCUCGUCCGAAGGGAUUACAAAAUUAUAACACUUGUAGUACCGCUAGCGGUUCACCACUUCACACACUUUAUUUGAGGGUAAGAGUUAAAAAAAAAACUGACGUCACCAAGCUCCGCCUCCUACCCGGUCGUGUCAUUCGCUUUUUAGUGCUCGCCACGAACACAUCUUUUUCGUGUCUCUCUUGUUAAAUUUUGUGUUACCGGACGUUAAAAAGUGUUUAUAUCAUGCCUAAACGCAAAAAUGAUAAUAGUGAUUAUGAUAAGUUAAUGAAAAAAUUCAAAAGGUUGGAGAAAAAAGUGCGGCGUCGAUGUCGUAGUCGAAGUCGAUCAAACUCACGAUCGUCAUCACGAAGCAGCCGGCGACGCUCGAAUUCACAAGUACCAGAACAAACGGAAAACCACAAUGUUGGUGAAUUCAAUGUUGCCCAGCUCCUCGACGGAGACCAUACCUUCAAUACUCCUGCAUCAGAGCAUCAUAAUACCCCAGCCCAUGAUGGACCAUCAUCUGUAGGCACCGCUGCUGCGGCUACUACCACCGACAAUGCUCACAUGGCAGGCCCGAGUGGCCAAGCUAUCGAAAUGCUCGAUUUAUCUAACCUAGAUGAGGAACCACAGCCCCUCCCUACUGAACCCGUCUUGGAUGAUGCGAUUCUAGAAAUAUUAGGUGAUGACCCAACUAUAUCUAAUACAUAUGGGGCUGAAAUCCAAAAAGAUCUGGCUAUAAGACUGGAGCAUAUCGCUACUCAUGGGCUGACUGAGUAAC